AUGAUCCGGACCCUCUUGACGCUCGCCCUGUACGGGUUGGUGCAAGAUACGCUGGCAAAAGAUGUGUAUCUCGAUUGGAAUAUAACGUGGGUCACUGCUGCGCCUGACGGUUAUGCGCGCCCGGUGAUUGGAAUCAAUGGCCAAUGGCCGUGCCCGCAGAUUGAUGUCAGUGUUGGCGAUAACCUCGUCGUUGACGUUUACAACGCCCUCGGCAACCAGUCCACCGGAAUCCACUGGCAUGGCCUGCAUCAGAAUUAUAAUGGAUACAUGGACGGUGCUCCAGGGGUUACUCAAUGCGAGCUUAGACCCCACCAGCGGAUGCGCUAUGUUGUUCCGAUGAAUCAAACCGGGACGUAUUGGUAUCAUUCCCACGAAACGGGCCAGUAUCCGGACGGCCUGCGAGGCCCGAUCGUCGUGCAUGACACCGUCCCCCUGCCGUUCGAAUACGAUGAAGAAAUAACACUGACAUUAACGGACUGGUACCAUGUGCAAAUGCCCCAGCUGGUCUCUGAAUUUGAAGCGCCGUCCGAAUACGCCUCUGUCGGUGGUCAAGAACCCCUUCCUGAUGCUGUAUUGUUCAACGAUGCAUUCGGCACCAAGAUCAAGGUCAAGCCGAGCACGACGUAUCUGAUCCACGUUGUGUGUAUGGGGAACUGGGCAGGUCACGCACUCAUCAUUGAUGACCACGACAUGACAAUCGUGGGCGCGGAUGGCAUUGGCAUAGAACCGCACUUCCUCACGCCUCAGUAUAUCCGAAUGACGGUCGGGCAGCGCUUGGAUAUCCUCCUCACCACGAAGGAUGAUACUAGCAGAAACUAUCCAAUCUGGGACGGGCUCGAUAUCGACGAGAUGUUCAAGCAAGAAAAUCGGUCCAUUCCUGACGGUUACAAUCCCAAUGGCACAGCGUGGCUCACAUAUGACGACAGCCUGCCGUUCCCACCAAUGCCUGACAUCCACAUUGGCAACGCAAGUCUGGACUUCCUUGACGAUGUGACUUUGCAGCCAAGAGACCGACUGCCUUUGAUUGAGCCUGUUGACCUUCAGAUCAUUCUUGACACGGACGCGACCACUCUGGACGGGAAGCCUGCCUACACCAUAAACAACAUGACAUACAAGACUCCAAAUGAGCCCACAUUGUACACUGCCAUCGCUGCUGAUCCCGAAACGGCCAUGGAUCCCUCAAUAUAUGGCGAGGUCAAUCCCUUCGUUGUUAACUAUGGCGAUGUGGUGGAGAUUGUGCUGAACAACCAUCAUACCAAUCUCCACCCCUGGCAUCUGCACGGCCACGACUUCCAGAUCGUGCAACGGACCUACCCGUACGGUGGGUUCUUCAACGGCUAUGGGAAUGUCUCCAGCCAUCCCAUGCGACGAGACACGAUCAUGGUGGAGCCCAAGGGGCAUUUCGUCAUCAGAUUCCGCGCCAUGAACCCAGAUAAUCUGCAGCGUUCUUCAACUGACCAAUAUAUACGCAUCUGGAUGCUCCACUGUCACGUUGAAUGGCACGUUGAGGUCCGCCUUAUGGCGAUUAUUAUCGAAGCGCCGGAUAGACUCCAGAACCUUACAGUCCCAACUGACCACCAAGAAAUCUGCGGUGGUGCUCCCAGUCAUUGGGCCCCGUUGCCGCCCUUGUAUUAG